CAUGGGUGAUUUUGAGUUGGAAGAAAACGAUUUCACAGACUCCUGUGGUGAAGACUGGGAGGAGCUUCAUGACCAACGCGAGUCUGUAACGGAGGCCUUUAGCUGGUUCCGAUCCAGGGAAGACGGAAGAUCUAGGAGUGAUGACACAUGUAGCCUUCGGAUGGAAACCAUGCCUCUGUACCAUGGAGCCCAGCUCACCUAUGCUGAGAGUAUGGUGCUAAUCAUGGCUUUCAUUCUUUCUCAUCACCUUACAUCUAGUGCUGUUGUCGAUCUCCUCACUCUUAUCAGUCUUCAUACUCAAUGGGGCAGUAUCUUCUGCGCAUCCAAAUACAUCUUUGACAAAUUUUUCAGUCUCAGAAACUUGACAUUUCCGGUGACGAGACAUUAUUUCUGUCGGGCAUGCUUUGCGAAAAUCGCCUCCAAUGACAAAAACUGCAAGACGUGCAAAAGUGACCUUUCAACGGCCAAAGCAACGUUCUACUUUCUUGAGAUGAGUAUGGUGUCUCAACUGCAGGCAAUGUUCAAAAGAUUCGAGGUGACAACGCCAAAUGCAGGUUCCUUCCGCUGCAAGGCCUAUUUGCUUGGGAGCACUUGCGAUCUCCAGGCAAAGGCCUUAGUUAUGCACAUGGUGGCCCACAAUGGGUACUAUGGCUGUGCGAAAUGCCUACAAAGGGGGACCCAUGAACACCAUAGACAUCAGUAUCCUCAUGAUGCAGGUCCCCCAAGAUCGCACAGCCAAACCCAGGCCCAUGCUGCAGAGGCUCAUGCACAGAAAGCUACGGUCUUUGGAAUCAAAGGACCAUCGUGGCUAAACUGGGUGCCCAAGUUUGAUCUGAUAAAGGGAAAUUCGAUUGACUACAUGCACGGCACCCUUCUCGGCGUGACGAAGGCUCUGAUGAUGCUCUGGUUUGGAUCAGCAAAUAAAAACGCGCCAUACUACUGCGGCCACCACCUUUGUGAUAUAGACAACAUCCUACUGGCCAUAAGACCACCUAUGGAUAUCCAUAGGACACCCAGGGGAAUUGAUGACCAUUUGCGACACUGGAAAGCUUCAGAGUACAGGUCAUGGUUGCUGUUCUACUCACUGCCAAUCAUGCACCUGUUUCUUCCAAAUGACUACUUUCAAAACUAUCUUCUGCUGGUGAAUGCCAUCCACAUUCUUCUUGGGGAGGUCAUCAGCCAAGAUGAGAUAAACAAGGCAGAAGAUCUUCUCCAACAGUUUGUCGAAGGUUUCAAGAUGCUAUAUGGAUCUAAAUUGGUGUCUCUAAAUGUGCAUAACCUGUGCCACUAUGCACAGACUGUGCGUGAGCUGGGGCCUUUGUGGUGCCAUUCAUGCUUCUCAUUCGAGGAUGUGAAUGGACAACUUCUCAAGCUGAUACACGGCACUCAGGGUGUUGAAGAGCAGGUCUUAAGAGCUGUAGCCAUCCUACAGAAGUUUUCCGAAGUUGGAGAUGCAUGCUUCAUCCCAGGAACAGCCUCCAAGAAGCUCUACGACAGCUUAAACAACGUAACAGUCCCACCAGAAGAAAGGUCGAAUUUCACUGAAAUUGGCCCAGGGUUUUACUCCGUCGGGUCUCUCAAAGAAGAAAGUUGCAAGGCAGAUGGAACCUACAGCACGAUCAAGCCAUCUCACAUGGAGGCAGUGAUGGCCCGUCUAGAUUUCUUGCCAGAGAGUCUCAUGAUAUACCAGAGGAUGAUGAAGAAUGGAGAGAUGGUACACUCCAGACUAUAUUCAAGAGCAGUGAGGCACAACUCGUACACCAUAGAAUACACAACGGAUGAGAACAGCUGUUUUGGGGAAGUACUAUACUUCAUACAAGUAACAACACGUACAUGCGGCUGCGGCAUAGCUAAGAGAGCUUGUGAGUGCAACUCAGUGACAGCUCGUCACUUUGCUUUGGUGCAAUGUUUUGAACGCCUUGUCCCUACCCCUGCAGACUCUGAAAAUGCAACUGCAUUGUUUUCUGUCCCCCAUGUCAGCAGAUGUAGGAUGAGUCAAGGAUAUAAGGCUGUAAAGCUGAAUGAAAUGGUGGGCAAGGUAGUCAGCAUGUGUAUCAAUGGGAAUACUUACCUAGCUACAUUCCCUAACCGUUUUGAGAAGGACUAAAAUGUUUCACAAUGUUUAACUUAACUGGGUCUGGGAUAUGUGUGGACCUGUGUGGACAGCCUGUGCCCUGUUCCUCCAUCCUCCUUUCUUACCAGGAGAGUGGCAGAAUUCCAUUGUGUUCUUCUUCAUACGUGAAAGUAAUGUUGCCUGUUGUAUCUAUGGUGAUGAGAUGAGCUGUUAAGUCCCGCUGUACUCCUUUCUUCACUAUUGCCAUUAUGUCGUUGAUUGACAUUUUCACAGUUUGGGCCUGCAGUUCAAAGGUGCUAUGCUAGUAAUAUCAAAAAGGUACUGAUCUUACCAGUUAAGUUAAACAUUAUGAAACUUUUAACAGUUGUUCGUCAAUUUGCAAUAUAAUUACUGCUUUUUAACAUGGGCCUAUCUAAGAACAAAACUGUUGAAACACAAAGUCUUUUUUUUAGAGAAUGGUCACAAUGGGAAUUUACUUCCAUGUACAUUUGUACUUAAGUUAGAGAAUCCAAAUGUGUUUAAGUGGGGUUCAAGCGCCACUAACGUGACCUGUCUAAUACAGGUCCAGAACUUUUAGCCGAGUGGUUCGUGUGUUUGGUUUGCAAGCUGGCGGUCUGACAGGGAGCUAUGGCUAACUCGCCUACAGGGUGGUAGAUGGCUGGUGCUCCCAGGGAGCAUGUCUUGCGCCCUGACCAACAUGGACAGGGCAGUGUGGUCACUCUGUGUAAGAUAUUAAAUUCUACAAGAAAGGGGUGUGCAGAAACAAAUAUCUAAGCCAAUGUAAGGCAUCAGCAUUAGCCAUUAGUGUUUUGUCUUAAAAUCUCCAGUGUCAGAGGACUUUUUUAAGCUACAUGUAUAUGUCAGACCUGUUAGAGUUGAAGAUUGGCCUGGAGGCUGGGACAGGAGACAGUCAGACCAAAACUUAAUUUAGUUAUGGUAGUGACAGUUACAGAAGUCAACAAAAGGCUGAUCUGUUUAAAUAGUCAUUUGGUACUGAACAAAUGUAUUUUAUUUGCUAUAGAAGAAAGUCAUGAUUUUGGAAAAAUAACAUGGAUUGUGUCUGUAUGCACUUUAGGAGGUUGCUAGAAUUGUCAUUGUUUAUGUAUUCAUUUAAUAACGUUAGAUGCUUUUGUCAAACAUAUUAGGACUCUGGAGAGAGCCACUGAUUCCACAACAAACUUCAUAUUUUGUAUGGUUCAAAAAUUUCCUAUCAACAAAGGUGUUCAAGCCUGAUUUGAAGAUACCUGUCCAUCCAGCCUGACAAAGCCUUACUAAAAGUAACAUGAAUUUGUUCCAAGUUACUGUAUUAAAGAUUCUUAUUUAAUUAUCCCCCAAAUUUUAAAAUUUCUUUUCCUUUCUACAACCUGUAAAGUACUCAUGGUAGCAUCAUUAUCCAACUUUAAGUGAAGCUUUUUCUAUUAUACAGUGUUGUGGGUCACUGCUCUGUCACUGAGUACUGUCUCUGCAAAGACAUUGAUUAGUAUAAUUAUGGCAAUAUUAAUAAUAUCAAUACAGUCUUGAUCUGCCAUGUACCUGGACCACUUCGUGUGGAUGUAGCUCUUGUAUUGCCUCAA